GGAUCCAGGAAGGGGCCAGUCCUGGCCGUUCUCGCGUCUGUCCCGGCCCGCCGCGGCCGCUCCGCCGCUCCUUUGCCCGGGCGCCUUGGUGCGCUCGGCCAACGGCCUCUGCGAGCGCUCGCCCGAGCGCCCCGGAGCCGGCGGGCGGCGGCCCUCGCCAGGGACCCUCCAGCGGGCCCAGGGCACAAAAGUGGCUCUCACUCUAGCACUUGCGCAUUGGAGCAAUUUAAGGAUUUAAUAUGAAGCACAGAAGCUGAUAGUGCCACAUAGCAAGCCCGUUGUUUGACAUUUCUGGAAAAGCAGUGUCCGUGUUGUUAUGUACACCUCCAAAACAGUUCAGAUCUGUAGGGGAGUUGUUGUGUAAAGUAAACAACCACAGGGUAGCAGUAUUAAUAGCUAUUGUAGACGUGUGUUUGCUCUAUUAAAAUGAGUAAGAAAUCGGGCAGUGACACAUCACUAGGAAGCAUUUUUUAUUUGGGGGCAACAUUCUUUCGACUACAUCUCCCUGGAAUCAUGGAUCCCUCUCCAAUUUAGAAGGGUGAGUGGGGCAGCAUUUCCUUCUCCCACUGCUGCUGAGAUGGCAGAAAUUAGUCGAAUUCAGUAUGAAAUGGAAUACACCGAAGGUAUUAGUCAGCGAAUGAGGGUCCCGGAAAAAUUAAAAGUAGCACCUCCAAAUGCUGACCUGGAACAAGGGUUCCAAGAAGGAGUUCCAAAUGCCAGUGUGAUAAUGCAAGUCCCAGAGAGGAUCGUUGUUACAGGAAAUAAUGAAGACAUUUCCUUUUCAAGACCAGCAGAUCUUGACCUUAUCCAGUCCACUCCCUUUAAACCUCUGGCACUGAAAACACCACCACGUGUGCUCACACUAAGUGAGAGACCACUAGAUUUUCUGGAUUUAGAAAGACCACCUCCAACUCCUCAAAAUGAAGAAAUCCGAGCAGUUGGCAGGCUAAAAAGAGAGCGUUCUAUGAGUGAAAAUGCAGUUCGCCAGAAUGGACAGUUGGUCAGAAACGAUUCCAUGUGGCACAGAUCAGAUUCUGCCCCAAGAAAUAAAAUUUCAAGGUUCCAGGCAUCGAUUUCUGCACCGGAGUACACGCAUGCUAAUGUGACACCAUCGCCACCACAGGCUCGGGUCUGUCCUCCCCAUAUGCUACCUGAAGAUGGAGCUAAUCUUUCCUCUGCCCGUGGCAUUUUGUCGCUUAUCCAGUCUUCUACUCGUAGGGCUUACCAGCAGAUCUUGGAUGUGCUGGAUGAAAAUCGCAGUGUGAGAAGACAAAAUGAGAUACGUUGUGAAAGACCUGUGUUGCGUGGUGGGUCAGCUGCCGCCACUUCUAAUCCUCAUCAUGACAACGUCAGGUAUGGCAUUUCAAACAUAGAUGCGGCCAUUGAAGGAGCAUCAGAUGACAUGACUGUGGUAGAUGCAGCUUCAUUAAGACGUCAGAUAAUCAAAUUAAAUAGACGUCUGCAACUUCUAGAAGAGGAGAAUAAAGAACGUGCUAAAAGAGAAAUGGUCAUGUAUUCAAUUACUGUAGCAUUCUGGCUGCUUAAUAGCUGGCUCUGGUUUCGACGCUAGAGGUAACCUCAGCAUUCACAUAUAUUGAUUGUCUCAACAUCUGGAAAUAUAAAGGAUUUGCAAACUUCGUUGUUUCUGUCUUUGCAUUGUAUGCCGUUUUAUAAUCCCAGCCCUGGAAAUGUAUUUCUUCCAGAAAGCAGGGGACUGUUCUGUUACUGAUCUGCAUUCAGCCAGUUCCGAAGUGGCUCCUACACACUCUGUUUUUGCAUGUUUUGUAAAUAGGCUUAGGUUUGUUUGUUUGUUCUUAAAGAAAAUCACUUUUUUGGGGGGGCCUCAUCAGUCUGCAGCUAAUUCUCUAAAAAGAAAUGACAGUCAUAAAGAGUGAGUUUAGAAAACUAUCUGUAAAAGAAAACAGUGUUUCUCAGAUGAUUAACCAAUUUCUUUGAUAGAUGCUUUUUGUAUCUGCAUCACAACAUAAAUGCUUUUGAAGUCAUAGUCUGGUGCAGCACUUAAGAAAAGUCAAACCACCUAACUCUUCUUGAUCACCUGUACAGUGGGAGUGUAAAAAACUCCUAACGAUUCAGCAGUUUAUCUGUGUGCAAUAUGUUAUUCUGAUUUUCAUCUUAGUUUUCUAUAAAAUAUGUUUUUACCAAGUCCAUGUGUGAAUGAUUUAAAAAACUAAAAAUGAGGUAUAAAUGUAGUGUACUUAAUAAACUGUCAACCAAA